GCCAUAUUUGUCAAAGACAAACAAAACGCCGGUCUUUUCCGCUCCGAAGCGUCUGCUGUUGUUUCAUUGCGGAAAAUUGGUAAAUGAUGGCAGCAAAUAAUUAUUUUGGGUUUACUCAUGGAGGAACCCAAUAUGGAGCGGCGACAGCGAGUGCGGCAUAUGGGGGCCAAACAGGGUAUGCGGUAGCGCCAGCGGCGACUGCUGCUACCUACGGAACCCAACGUGCCGCCGCCACAGGAUACGACACGGCUUAUCAGGCAGCAGCGGCUACUCAAGCAGCGGCUCAUGCUCAUGCACAUGCAGCAGCCGCAGCAGCAUCUGCUUAUGAUGCCAGUAAGUCAGCAUACUAUCAGCAAGCGGCUGCAGCCUACCCUGCAGCGGCACCUCCACAGCCGCAGCCCACAUAUGAUGCUACAGCUGCUAAACCAGCCUACUCUACACCAGCAACUUAUGCUCAAUGUUCAGUGGGUACUGUAGCGGGUGUGUUCGCGCAGGGCGGCGCGCGCGCGGGCGGCGGCGCCAAGCCGGCGUACGGCGGCGUGUACACGGCCACGACGGCCGCCACGUCGUACCCCACGCAGGCCUACACGGCUACGCCCGCGCAGCCCGCCAAACGUCAGUAUAUACACGUCAACAUAGAGCCAACAAACAGAGGGAACACAGCAUACGACACUGCUCUCUAUAACGCGGCAACGAUGUAUGUCGCGCAACAAAACAAAACGGGAGGUGGAACCGGCUGGAAGAACUACAACAAGAGCGGCGUGGGCGCCGGGCAGGCGCGCCGGCCCAAGCCGCCGCCCAAAGCGCAGCAGCUGCACUACUGCGACGUCUGCCGCAUCUCGUGCGCCGGCCCGCAGACCUACAAGGAGCACCUGGAGGGCCAGAAGCACAAGAAGAAGGAGGCCGCCGUCAAGCUGGCCGCCGCCGGCGCCGCGGCCGGCGCGCUGCGCGGCGCGGGCGGCGGCGCGCUGCGCUGCGAGCUGUGUGACGUCACCUGCACCGGCGCCGACGCCUACGCGGCGCACGUGCGCGGCAUCAAGCACCAGAAGGUCGUCAAGCUGCACACCAUGCUGGGCAAGCCCAUCCCCUCCACCGAGCCCACCAAGCUCGGACAAGCCAAAAAGACGGUGGCCGGAACACCGAAGAUCGCAUUCGUUGCGUCCGGCGGGCUCAGUACAGUCGCGGGUACCUCCAACAAAGACCCAAAACCUGCCCAAGGCGAAAAAGACAAGGACGGCGAGGACAAGGACGACGAGGCCGACACCGAGCCCGAGGUCCAGCCCGUGGGGCAGGACUACAUCGAGGAGAUCCGCGGCGACGACGGCAAGGCCCUGUCCUUCAACUGCAAGCUCUGCGACUGCAAGUUCAACGACCCCAACGCCAAGGAAAUGCACAUGAAGGGCCGCCGCCACCGCCUGCAGUACAAGAAGAAGGUACAACCUGAUUUGGAGGUGAAAGUGAAGCCAUCAAUGCAUCAGCGCAAGUUGGCAGAGGCGAAGGCGCAGAGAAUGAUGGUACGCGAUGAAAUGUGGGCGCGUCGUCGCAUGCAUGACGGCAUGGAGGAGGAGGAGCGCAUGUACUGGGAGGGCGGCCUGGAGGCCUGGUGGGCGCGGCCGCACCAUCACCACGCGCUGGCGCCCGGCUACCCGCCGCCCGCGCGCCGCCCCGAGACCUCGGACGACCGCCACGUGCUGGCCAAGCACGCCGACAUCUACCCGCCCGACGCGCAGCUGCAGGACAUCCAGCGCGCCGUCAGCCACACCGAGAAGGCGCUCAAGUCGCUCUCCGACGCGCUCGCCGACCAGGCGCGCCCCAAGGGACCCAAUGCGGCUAAAGCUUCAGCUAAGCCAGAUGACAAGAAGGAUGAUAAGCCUGAAGGAAAAGAAGACGGUCGUGAUAAUCAAUUGUUCUCGUUCGCGUGCGAGGGCGAGGCCGGCGCGGGCGCGGGCGCGGGCCCCGGCGCGGGCGAGGCGGGCGCGCGCGCGCUCAAGGGCGUCAUGCGCGUGGCGCUGCUGGCCAAGGGGCUGCUGCUCAAGGGCGACCGCGACGUGCGCCUCGUCGUGCUGUGCCACGACCGCCCCACCGUCACGCUGCUCAAGCGCGUGGCCGCCGACCUGCCCGCGCACCUCGCCAAGGUCAAGGGCGGCGCGGACGAGCCCCGCUACAAGGUGGAGCUGCUGGCGGCGGAGGGCGCGGUGUCGGUGUCGGACGGCGGCGUGGCGGUGCUGGUGAGCCUGACGUCGGCCGUCAUGCGCGAGCCCGCAGACGGUGGCGACAUAAAGCGAGACGACAAGGAUGUGCUACCGCGGCAGAAGUGUUUGGACGCGUUGGCCGCCCUUCGGCACGCCAAGUGGUUCCAGGCUAGGGCGGCCACGCUGCAGUCCUGCGUCAUCAUCAUCCGCAUCAUGCGGGACCUCUGCCGCCGCAUCCCCAACUGGUCGCCGCUCAACCCUUACGCGAUGGAGCUGCUGGUGGCCGGCGUCAUGCAGUCGGCGGGCGCCGCGCUGUCGCCGGGCGAGGCGCUGCGCCGCGUCAUGGAGGCCGUGGCGGGCGGCCUGCUGCUGGAGCACGGGCCCGGCCUGCGCGACCCCUGCGAGAAGGAGCUCGUCGAUGCUCUGGGUAACCUGCCACCUCAGAAACGUGAAGAUCUGACUGCAUCAGCACAGCAAUUUCUCAGACAGAUUGCUUUUAGACAAAUUCACAAAGUGCUAGAUAUGGAGCCGCUUCCCAAGCUGAAGCACACAACGGGCGCGUGGAAGUUCCCGCGCAAGCGCAGGCGCUCCAACACCGACGCAGAUGCGGACACUCCUAACGGUGAAGGCAAGGUGGUGAAAACAGAGGAGAAAACCGAUGCGUCUGAAAACCAAGCCAAGAAGUAACAGUCAAGACUUCCCGCUGCUGCUGUGCUCGCUGUGCCCACGUUUUCGGGAAUCGUUUAUUUUCAGACAUUUUAAUUACUCUAAUAAUCACUAAAAUGUGACGGCAUAGCCAUCGCAGCAUCAGCAAGUAUACUUUGCUCUGUGUUAGCUAGUGCGUGCGAGUCAAAAUCUCCGAUAUUUUGUAUUACCGUGUAUGGUUUACAUAAAAUGUUUUUUUGGUCACACAAACUCGUGGUGAUGAUCUGUCCAAAAUAUUCUAGUACACAUAAAUAUAAUGCCGCGAUUUACAGUAGUGUUUAAUAUUAGUUAGGAUUAGACUUCUAUAUUAUAUAAGUAGGGUUAGCGUAUGCAAAGAGACAGGGAAAGUCUAACUGACGAAAUGCCGAUCGCUGUAAAGGAAUUGUCAUAGAGAUGAUUGCGAUUAGAGUAUAUGGAUCUGUCUCAGACAAUGGAGCAUUUGGAGAAUAAUAUCUGUAUAGCUCUUCGUCUUCCACAGUAUGAGCGACGAAGUCUCUAAUCUCCAAGUUUGCAGACAGUUUUUAUGAGAUAGGGUUACAGUAUUUUGACUUUAUUCAUAUUUAGUUCCUUACCUGCCCAGCCACGCUGGUCACGGGUACGUUAUCCUGCAACGAUGCAGUUUAUUUUUAAUAUACGAUACCCUAUAUUUAAUAGUCGUGUAAGGUGUAUAUUUUCGUGUAUGAAUUUUUAUGCUGCCUCAUGUGGAAGUAUACUUAGUAUUGUAUCCAAGAAUUGGUAUGAGGUCAGCUUUGGUCCUAUUUUGUCGAAAUCAACAAAUAAUGUUUAGUACACGCAGUACCCGGUAAGUACCAUAUGGUACUUACGACCUGUAUUUAUACGUCAAAGCAAUUGCUAUUUUUUCUGGUUUAGGCAUUAAUAACAGUAUACCGUAAGCUAACGCAUCUGAAUACGUUGCAAUAACGAUAAUGCCUUAAUUAUGACAGUUCUGUGUUAUAUACGUUAAACUUUAUUGCUGUUCCGAUAGCAAUGUUAGUAAUUUAGCAAACACCAAUCUUUUAUUAUUAAUAUCGAGUUCAUAUCGCACCAUGCUACAUAAGAAUUCGGUGUGUGAUGUGUUGUAUUAUAUUAUUUAUUAUAAUAAAGGGUUAUUAUGUUAUGACCCAUGAAAAUUCGAUACAUUUAAUAAUUUCUAACUAGGUUCUGUGAAACUUUUUUUUGUAUUGUGAACAUUAUGUACUUGGGAGAUUAAUGUCAAUAAAGAUAAUGACUACAGUU